GUGGAGGACAUGCGCGCCGCCCUGCAGAGCAGCGAUGCGCGGUGCCUGGCGCUGCAGGUGGGACUGCGGAAGAGCCAUGCCAGCCAUACAGGAGAAGGACCCUGCUUCAUAGGGAGGAAGAGACCAUUAACACAGAAGCACUCCCAGACCAAGUGCCUCCAAGAUGUCCUGGAGGAAAUGGAGCUCAUGCGGAGCUCCAGGGAUGGGCAGAUUGAAGAAGCCAUCAGGUUCAGCCAGGAGCUGGAGAAGGAGCUGAAGAGCUCUCAGGAAGCUCUGGUCAGCCUGGAAGAUUGCAACCGUAACCUGAAGAGGGAGCAGGCAGAGAUGAGGAGGAAGGUGGAAGAGGCCAGACACGCUGUCCUGAACAGUCUUGGCAAAGUGAGGGAGCUGGAAGUGAGAGCUAAGGAGGUGCCACAUCUGCAGAUACACAUCCAGCAGCUGGAAUCACAACUGCAGCACUACAGGUGCAGCCAUGCAUCUUCAGAAGAGGAGCCUAAAAACUUAGACAAAGUGCUCCCUACCAGUUAUUCCAGCUGUCCACGUCUGCCCCUAUCUGCCCUGCCGUGGCUGCAGCACCGUUACGAGGCCUUCCCAAAACCCACGCCUCCUAAACGAGACCCUCCGCCCCUGAGCCCGCUGGUCCUGUUCCCUGGCCAGGAGUGA